GGGCUGUAGCGUCAUCGAUCUAAAUAGCUCUCUUCCUCUUCCAUUUCAUCUUCCUCGACUUCUCCUCCUUCUAUUUACCUCCCUCAUGAUGACCCUGAGCAGGGUGCGGCGGGGGCCCUGAGGGCGAGGGUUUCGCCUUUUUGCCACAUCGACUUCUCCUCCUUCUCUUCCUCGAACCCUUCGGCGAUUUCCUCUUCGCCGCUUUCAAGAUCUCGAGCCGCUGCUAUCAGUGGGUUCGUAGUUUGAUCCGGGUUGGAGAUCGCCUCUUUGAAGGUGAUUUCGUCACAUUCUCAUCCAAGUGGAGUUCGAAUUUUGUACUUCAAACGCAUUUUGGAAGCAGAUCUGGUUUCUGACCCUCUUCUGGAAGUAUUGUUUUGAUGGCGAGUCUUUCUGCGGGGUUUUGAUCUUGCUCUCUUUUGGAAAUGGAGGGCUUGAGAUCGAAGUGCAGAAUCGUAGCUCUGGUGGUUCUGUUCGUGUGGGUGGCUUUUUUGGGGCUGUACGAAUUGCUGAAACCAGUUCCGAAUGGGUGCAUCAUGACGUACAUGUAUCCGACCUACAUCCCUAUCCCCGCGCCUGCCAAUGUCUCUUCGAACAAGUACGGGCUGUUCCUGUACCAUGAAGGCUGGAAGACGAUUGAUUUCACUGAUCAUCUAAAGAAAAUUGAUGGCAUUCCUGUUCUUUUUAUACCUGGAAAUGGUGGAAGCUAUAAGCAGGUUCGAUCUUUGGCCGCUGAAUCUGCAAGGGCAUACCAAGGAGGACCACUUGAGUUAUCUUACUAUAGGGAAUCAUCUAUGAUACUUGAAAAGACCGGAGAAUUAGAUUUUUCGUUGGAAGAUAUGGAGAACUUUGCUCUUCCUAGCCAAUAUAAUCGCAAGCUUGAUUGGUUUGCUGUGGAUCUUGAGGAGGAACAUUCUGCAAUGGAUGGACAGAUACUUGUGGAACAUACUGAAUAUGUUGUCUACGCAAUCCACAGGAUCUUGGACCAAUAUCGAGAAUCUCAGGAAGCACUGUCUAAAGAAGGUGCUGAAAUUUCUGGAGGCUUGCCUUCAAGUGUGAUAUUAGUUGGGCAUUCAAUGGGAGGCUUUGUAGCUAGAGCUGCAACUGUUCAUCCAAACUUGCAGAGCUCAGCUGUGGCAACUAUAAUAACUCUUUCCAGUCCACACCAAUCACCUCCAAUUGCGCUGCAACCAUCUUUGGGACAUUAUUUUUCCCAAGUUAAUGAAAAAUGGAGAAAGGGUUAUGAGCCACAAACCAAUAAUGGUGGCCAAAUUAUCUCUAAUCCAAAGUUAUCUCAUGUUGUUAUUGUUUCGGUAGCUGGAGGCAUAUAUGAUUACCAGAUUCGUUCCAAAUUGGCCUCUUUAGAAGGAAUUGUUCCAUCUACUAAUGGUUUUACAAUAGGGAGCUCUGGUAUGAAAAAUGUUUGGCUUUCUAUGGAGCACCAGUGUAUUCUUUGGUGCAAUCAACUAGUUGUACAGGUAUCACAUGCUCUUCUUUCUUUUGUAAACUCUGGUACUGGUAAAAAAUAUCCAAGUGUAGCACAAAGGAUUCUUGUGUUGACAAAAAUGCUUCAGAGUGAGAUCCCUCGCAGUCUAAAUUGGCCAAGAUUUGUGAAACCAUCUGUGCCUUCAAGGAUGUUUCCUCUCGAGGAUGUUGGACAUGCUACUGAACCAUCAGUACAGGAUCGAUAUUCUUGUCUUCCCUCUUUCAACUGGAAUGAAGAUGACCUUGAGAAAGAUCUCUACAUAGAAUCAAGCACUGUGACUGUUUUGGCAAUGGAUGGGAAAAGGCGGUGGUUGGACAUAAAGAAACUGGGUUCAAAUGGCAGAGGACAUUUCAUGUUUGUAACAAACCUUGCCCCUUGUUCUGGGGUUAGACUUCACUUGUGGCAUGAGAAGACAAAAAAGGUGUCAGCAAAUGAACUUCCUGUUAGUAGGAGAGUUAUAGAGGUGACUACAAAGAUGGUUCACAUUCCUGCAGGACCAGCCCCAAGACAGAUUGAACCAGGAAGCCAAACAGAACAAGCACCUCCAUCCUCCUUUCUUCAAUUAAGUCCUGAGGAGUUGCAUGGUUUCCGAUUCUUGACCAUUUCAGUUGCACCUCGAUUGACUGUAUCAGGUAGACCUCCCCCAGCUGCUUCUAUGGCAGUUGGACAAUUCUUCAAUCCUAAGGAAGGAGAAAGAGAAUUCUCUGUCGCCACACUUCUUCAUUCUAGCUAUGUUCAAGAGGAGAUUUUGCUCAAGGAAGAUCAUCCACUUGCUGUCAAUUUGUCAUUCUCCUUAAGCCUUGGCAUUUUACCAGCUACUUUGUCACUGAAGACAAUAGGCUGUGGGAUAAAGACUGCUGCUGAGCAAACUCCAGAGGAGCAAAGCAAGUUUUGCAAACUUCGCUGUUUCCCACCUGUCGCUUUCGCUUGGGAUCCACAAUCGGGUUUACAUAUCAUUCCUAACUUGUAUAGUGAGACUAUAAUUGUGGAUUCUUCACCUGCAAUGUUUGAUUCUAGUUCAGAGACUGGCAAGACAAUUGUGUUAUUGUUGAUGGAUCCACAUUGUUCAUAUAGUAUGGGCCUGUCUGUCUCUUUACCUUCUGCUGCCAGUAGAUUCUGUCUUUCUUAUUUUUCACAGAUCACUGGUUUCAUGAUCGCUGCAGUCUUUUUUGCUCUGAAUCGGCAAGCACGGGCUUGGGAGCUCGAUACAUCUGUGCCUUCCAUUUUGUCAGCAAUAGAGUCUAAUUUGAGAAUACCACUCCCAUUCUUCUUCUGUGCUGUGCUACCAGUUUUCAUAUCUUUUCCAGUUAUAUUACUGACAAGAACUCAGUUACCUCCAAUUGCAAACUACAUUUCAGUUUCAAUAUUGUGUUAUUUAGUCGCAAAUGGAGCCAUCAUGAUUUUGAUCUUCAGUUCUCUUCUAGUCCUAUACACUGUUGCAGCGGUACAUGUUUAUAUUAGGAAAAGCUGGAUGGCAUGGGAAGACAGCUUUGUCCUUUUUCGCCAAAUUCUUAGGUUUACCUCAUUCUUCUGUUCAAUGAAGAUAGUGCAGGUUCUGAAGAACAACGCAAGUCUUGUGGUGGCAUUUGCUGCAAUUCCACUCAUCUAUUUCAUUCAUCCAGCUCUUGGCCUUCUUGUAUUCCUUUUAUCUCAUGCUUUCAAUUGUCAUGCUGCUCUAUGCAGCUUUUUAACGGCUUCAUUGCGCAGUCAUGCUCAAAGGAAAGAACACUCUGAUUCUAGAACUUAUCACAAGCCAUCUAUACAAUCCCCUGAACGAGCCAAUGAUGGUUUUGACCCACUACUUCCUCUUGAUGAAAGCUAUUCCCCUACCACAUCGAAAAGCUUCAGUGACAGUCAGCUUGAAUACUUCAACUACCAGCUCAGCAUACUGAUCUUGCACCUUCUUGCGUUACUCAUGUUUCUACCAUCGCUAAUUGCUUGGUUCCAGAGAAUCAGGUUGGGACAGAGCUUCCCUUGGCUUAUUGAUUCUAUUCUAUGCACCGGGGUUAUUCUGCAUGGCCUUUUCGGCUCAAGGCCAGACGUGAACUCCAUUUCUGUGCCCAUACAGUGGACUCGUCGAAGCGAAGCUGGUCUAAGCCUUGCCUACCUUCUUGCCGGAUACUUUACUUUCAUCAACGCUCUCUUUUCAGCCCCUUAUAAAGCACUCUAUGCAAUGGCUGCCAUCGGCACUUUAUGUUGCAUUGUAAAGAUUAUCGAUAGAAGGAACAGGUCUAGAAAUAAGCGGAGACAUUCUCAUAAGCACUGACUACAAACUUAUCCACGGUCCACUCCACCGCAAGGAAAUCAUCCGUUUCAUUUGGCCAUUGCCUCAUGGUUGGAUUUGUAUUCAUAUCCUGGAUUACCAUAUACGUAUCGAGUUGGCAAAAUGCAGGUCUUAUUUAACUUUUCACUGUAGAGUUCUUUUCGCCUUCUCCAAGUUGCUAUUUGUUCCUUAAAGCCAAAUUUUAGUUGUGCGUCAUUUUUGAAGUGACUAUGCAUCGAUGUGAGUUGUUCCUAAGAAUCUAUAUCUAAACAUUUUCUAUGUUUCCUUUUAAUACAAAGGCAGAUGCUUUAUUUGA